AUGGCUACUCCGCAGCAUACCAAGAUAGUACAGGACCGUCUUGGGUAUACCUUCAAGAUUGAGGAACUCUUGACACAAGCUCUCACAGCAGCCGGCAAAGGGGGCAACAAAGACGGAAGUAAUAUACGCGGCAAUAGUAGAUUGGCGCAUCUGGGGAAUUUCCUUAUACAAUUCCUUUCCGUCUACGUUGGAUAUACGUUAGAUAGCACCCGAGAGGAAUCGAGCAAGCUCAACGUACAGUUUGGUAGUACGGAACACUGUGCCAGGGUCGCUGAAAGGGCUGACCUUGACAAAUGCCUCAACUAUGACACGAGAAAGGGCGCAAAAUCAGCUUUAGUACUCAGAAAGGCCAUCUAUGCCAUUGCAGCGGCCAUAUUUUUGGAUUCUCAAAGCAUCGAUGCGGUCGUUUUGGCGAUGAAGAACCUGGGGCUUUUCGCCCCAGAUGAAGCUGUCAUCGAUCCAAGGAUGUUGUCAGUCGACCGUACUACCGCAUGUCAAAGCAUCCACGACACGGUUAUGACCUGCUUUAGGACGGGUGUAACAAGCGAUAUACUUCGAAACAACGAUCACUUGAAUAGUGUGCAACCGCAGAUAAGCACCCCGGCUGAGAGGACGAGCACAGACCUCAUUGAAGACCACGGCUGGAAUGGUGUCUCGGUGAACGGUACUGACGAUAUCCAGCCUAUUCCUGGUAUAGUACGGCAAGGACCAAUAGAAACCAUUCGCGCGCCAGUUGAAGAAAUAUAUCCUACAGGACAAAAUCAAGAUAUUUUGGAGAAAGCGUUGGAUGAUGCCAAUGCAUUACUCGGAAUGGACAAUAUUAACGACUUAUCUAUGCUAGAUAUACUGUCCAACAAUUCCACACCUUGCGGGUCAGCUACAGUUGAUCCAGGAAACAGAGCUAUCGAGCUGCAAGAAACCCCCAAUUCUGCAAAGCGACGGAGAGUCACACCAAAUUCUGCGUCUACUGACGGUAUUCAGACUUCUAGGGAUGAUUGUUUGUCGGGUAUUGAACGCCAACUUUCCCUUUGCAUAGCAAAAGAAGCGCAAAGGUGCAUCGCUCACGGUGUCCCAACUCCCGACUCCACAAUACUCGAAAAUACCUUGAGGGCACGGAUAAAGCGCCUGAAUAAAAGGCAAGCUAAUGUGCUAAUUUUAAUUAAGAUAUCGAUUGGCAACUCAUACUCAAUCGCUGCUUUGCAGCAGCUGAGGGACUCGCAGUGGACGCAAGACGACAUGCCGCGUUUGCACAUAAAAAAUGGAAUAUCGAUCCACGAACGUUUUCGCCUGAUUAGUGUAUUGGACGACAAAAUAGCUUACUACAAGCUCCUUCGACGAUAUCAUAUUUUCCAUUUGUAUCAGGAUUGCACGGGGCCCUCUAGCCGAGCAGCCACAGAAUUUGUUCACGUAGAUCCUGAAGAAUUUCAGCGGACGAAAAAACCCGGAAACCCAGGGAACAAUGCUAAAGCCGAGGUGACAAAAUUCAUGUUGAGCGCAAUAUACCCUAAUCUCAAUGAGACUAUGGAUGGGUAUGCCACGAAAUACAAGAACGUGACCAAGUUACAGACCCUAGGUAGACGGUUUCAGGCCUUAGCAAACAGGUUCGGGAUGGGUGUACUAGGCCUUUUACCCUUUGGUGGAAUGGCGAAGCCGUUAGAUAUGGAAAUAUCCGAGACCAUGAUUGCAGAAGUACCCGAGACAGCCUUCAAUACCUUCGUGACAGUCCUUGACGAAGUCGAAGGAGAGACUCUCAAGGCACUUAGUGGAAUGGUCUCUCCGAUUAUUGAUCAGUUAAUCUACGGCUACGCACCAUGCGACCGGAUGCAUCCGACAGAAGGAAUCCAUCUGGAACAGAUCCUGACGUACCCCAAGGGGUCCGAUGCACUUCUUAGGAUUCUCAAUAGCUCAUUUGGCACUCAAUAA